CUUUUAUUUCAGCUCAUAGGAAACAUAGGAACAACACUUUACAUGUUGCGUUUAUAUUUUUGUUCAGUGUAAUUUCCAGUCCUCAUCUUUUCUUUAACCACUGAUGAGUGAAGAUGCGAGAUUUCUUUCCCCAAUGCUCUAUUUUCCACCAUUUUGUUUUCUUCUAUCAAAUCCUAACACCGGUUAUCAAAACAGUUCCAUAUCCAUCUUUUUACCCUUUGUUUACCCCCCAGUCGUGCAACUCCAGUUUUAAAAGGCGCACAACAAUAUGUCCAUUAUUUUCGAGAGCAAAUCAACUGGAAUUAAUCUCUAUUUGUUUGUCUGUCUCUUGUUCGUGGUCUGUAUACACUACAGAAGGAAACAUGCAUAUAUUCUGCCGAGCCACAAGGCGGCGCAAUGGGCGCAUGUAACUAUGGACCUUCAGUUAUCUGAUUGAGAUUUUUUUACUAGCCAGUUAGCUUAGGCAAAGGCUAUCUAAUUGUUUUGAAAACACAUUCUGUAUUGUUUUGUUUUCUAGGCUUGCUUUAUUAUAACUUGUCGUGUGCUUCACAUUAUAAACCAUACUCACUCUCUCGUCAUCAUGGACGAGGAAUAUUACGAGAGGAAUAUUGGAGACUGGGAUGGUCCGGAUGGCAAUUGAUGUGACUUUCAUAUAGCAAGACGACUAUAUUGAAGGGGAGAACGAUGGGAAAGUUCAGGAGGACUGCCUACAGAAGUUUUCCAGCAGAGAUUACAUCAUGGAGCCUGCUGUCUUCAACACCCUUAAAACGUAUUUCCAGGCUGGUGGCUCCCCUGAACACGUCAUCCAGCUCCUGUCGGAGAACUACUCAGCUGUGGCCCAGACUGUCAACCUGCUGGCAGAGUGGCUCAUCCAGAUGGGUGUAGAGCCAGCUCAGGUGCAGGAACGGGUAGAGAAUCACUUGAAGAGUCUCCUGAUCAAGCACUUUGACCCCCAGAAGGCUGACUCCAUCUUUACCGUCGAGGGAGAGACUCCUGCCUGGUUGGAACAGAUGAUCGCCCACACCACCUGGAGAGACCUUUUCUACAAGCUGGCCGAGGCCCACCCAGACUGUCUGAUGCUCAACUUCACUGUCAAGCUCAUCUCAGACGCAGGCUACCAGGGGGAGAUCACCAGUGUGUCCACGGCGUGCCAACAGCUGGAGGUGUUCUCCAGGGUCCUGAGGACCUCUCUGGCCACACUGCUGGAUGGAGGUGAGGACAACCUGGAGAAGAACCUGCCAGAGUUCGCUAAGAUGGUGUGUCAUGGGGAGCACACUUACCUGUUUGCCCAGGCCAUGAUGUCCAUCAUGUCUCAGGAGGAGCAGGGGGGGUCGGCCAUGCGCAGGAUCGGCCAGGAAGUACAGAAGUCUGCACAUCAGAGGGGCCAUGAUGCCAGUCAGAUCACCCUGGCAUUGGGCACAGCAGCAGCCUACCCUCGAGCCUGCCAGGCCCUGGGUGCAAUGCUGUCCAAAGGGGCACUCAACCCUGCCGACAUCACUGUGCUCUUCAAGAUGUUCAGCAGCAUGGACCCACCUCCCGUAGAGCUGAUUCGAGUGCCUGCCUUCCUGGACCUGUUCAUGCAGUCGCUGUUCAAGCCAGGCUCCAAGAUCAACCAGGACCAUAAACACAAAUACAUUCACAUCCUGGCCUACGCUGCCAGUGUGGUCGAGACAUGGAAAAAGAACAAGCGAGUGAACAUCAACAAGGAUGAGCUCAAGUCCACCUCCAAGGCCAUUGAGACGGUCCAUAACCUGUGUUGCAAUGAGAACAAAGGAGCCACAGAGCUGGUGGCUGAGCUCAGCACUCUGUACCAGUGCAUCCGGUUCCCGGUUGUUUCCAUGGGGGUGCUGAAGUGGGUUGAUUGGACAGUCUCUGAGCCUCGCUACUUCCAGCUCCAGACAGACCAUACCCCUGUCCAUCUAGCACUUCUGGAUGAGAUCAGCACCUGUCACCAGCUCCUGCACCCACAGGUCCUCCAGCUGCUGAUCAAGCUAUUUGAGACAGAACACUCCCAGCUUGAUGUCAUGGAGCAGAUGGAGCUGAAGAAGACCCUGUUGGAUCGUAUGGUCCACCUGCUGAGUCGGGGCUACGUGCUGCCUGUGGUUGGAUACAUCCGCAAGUGCCUGGAGAAGCUCAACACAGACAUCUCUCUCAUUCGCUAUUUUGUAACAGAAGUGUUGGAUGUGAUUGCCCCUCCAUACACUUCAGACUUCGUCCAGCUGUUCCUGCCCAUCCUGGAGAACGACAGCAUCGCUGGAACCAUUCGGACAGAGGGAGAACAUGACCCUGUCGUGGAGUUCAUAGCUCACUGCAAAUCCAACUUCAUCAUGAUGAACUGAGAAUGACACUGGUGGGUUUAACUUGACUGAGGAUGUAGUGGGAAGAGCAGGGAGGGGCAGAAGGCGGGAUCUCUUGGUUAUGAGCCAAUCCCUGGAUGUGUUCUGCUGAACGAGGAAUUGAACAUUGCCAAUUUUGAGGCAGACGGCUGACUAUUUGCAUAUAGACUUUGACCUGCAAUUUUAUUUUCAAAUGUGGCGUAAACACAAAUUACUUUCAGAAUUAAAAGGAUGUAGUGUA